CCCUUUCUCUGUUUGUAGCUGAGGCAGCCACUUCAUUUGUUGGAUAAGACAGACAGUUGUGCACCUUAUGAUCUCACUUAAUCGGUCUGAUAAAUCACAUGAAAUCUUGUACUGCGGAUCCUUUAUGCUUUUACUCCCAUGGAGCUGGAAUAAAAGAACUGUCUUGGAUACCGGACCCAAAAAAAAAUGAGAAAAUAAUAAUUCUGCGCUUGAUUGUAUGCAGAAAUGGUGUGCUGCAGAGGAUUUAAAACACAAGCUGCGGUGGUUUCUAGGGCCAGCUGAAUGAGCGCAAAAUCAAUUUUGCAGCCAAACGUGUCUGUCGUCUUAUUUCAUUCUUCCUGCACAAAGAGCUGUUUUAUUCGUGGACUGUGGAUCAGCAAAGACCUUCAAGACGGAGGGGUCGGUGGAGCAUCGGGGGAAAAACAGGGGGAACAUGAGGGAGCGGGAUUUCAUGCCGAACAUGGAAAGAGGUAAACCUGCAACAUACACUGGGGACAAAAAGGCGAAGAUGGCUGCGAAGACCAACAAAAAGUGGGUUAGACUGGCCACCGUUUUCGCGUACGUGUUAUCAGUAUCCCUGGCUGCCAUCAUCUUAGCCAUUUAUUACAGUUUGAUAUGGAAACCAACGUCCGCGUCCUCAUCGCCUGGAGGAACCGAAGCGCCCACGGUCACAUCCCUGGCGAACCUUUCCAUGAAUAACAGCCCCGGCACCAAUUCAACAGACGCCAAUUCAACGUUGACGGACCUGAUGGCACUGAAUGAAACCAUCACGAACGCGACGAACCUGCAAAGAGAACAUCGCCUCUGGGCGCCGAGGAUCGCCCGGCAGACCGUUAUCUCACACAGCGGAGAUGCUGAGCCUGCAGCGCAGCACAACGGACGCAGCUACACGGCAGCGGGGACCCCAGAGAUGGGCACAGCAGGGAAAGGCAUCCGUGCGCCCCAGACUGCUAAUGACGGGAAGGAUGAAAUGGAAAACCGGAGCCCGUCAAGUAGUUUUGGGGCACAGGCAUCCACACUCAAAGAGAUAAGUGCGUCCAGGCCGAUCAGUGGACUACAACUUGAUGCAUACGAAGAUGCUGCGGAUGGCUUUUCGGAAGCUGCUACCACGAAUGAAAAAGAGACCGCAGAGGGGCACGACCAUUGACCAUGCCCAAAAAGGUGCCAUAGUGUCCGAAAGCCUCGCACCGCGCAGGUCGGAUACAAUACAAGGGUCUCCCGAAAACAACCGCUGUCUGAGGACAUGGACGGUCUUCGGGGAAAUGCGCCGGCUUUAAACGCAAUCGCAAUUGUUUGAUUACGCAUAAGCAACUAUACGAAUGAUGUAAGGCAGUAAAAAUUACUUAUAAACGCUUCUCAAAGGUGACAGUUACUUUGAUAAGCCACUGCAUUUGUGUUUUGCCUUAAAUUAUAUGUAUCUUUUGUUACAAACAGCCGACAUCAAGGUCUCGAUCUACAUUCUUAUUCUUAUAACAAACAAAUAAUAUAUAUAUUGUGUACAUAAAUAUAUUAACAGCGAAAGCUUCGGGUUGCACACCUUGUAAAUAACAGGCAGUUUAAAAAAACGUUUCAAUGGCGAGUGAGCCAUAACCCUAAUGAGCUAUUUAUAUGUAUCAGAACGCGCUAUAUUAAUGCGGUUCAUUUCAAUCUUUCCACUUUUACUAAUUAAUCAGAAUUCCCGGCCUAGACUACCCUGUAUGAUUUCCGCUCAGGUAUGUGCAUAGAAACAUGUAAAUGUACUGUAUUUGGUAUUGUAUAUAGGGCAGACACUGUACAUGCUGCAGCCUGAAUAGAAGUUUUAGUCAAACUAGAGUUUUUAAGAAAAGUAUGUACAGUAGGUACAGUAUAUAUAUAUACAUAUCUCAUCGACUAAAUAAACGUCGUUAAAAACGAAA